AUGUCUGAAAACAUCAUCACAAUCCUGCAACGCCAUCCCUUAGCGACGGCCUCCGCAGCCAUAGCCCUGGCAGCGGCCAUCCCUGCAUAUCGGGACUACCGGCUUUACAAGUCCUACGGCGCCGGUGGCCCGCCUCACAAUGUCGUGGGCUGGUAUGUCUCUAGGUUCAUUAUCACUCCGUUCCGUCAGGAGUCGAUCAGCACCCAGAUGUACGAGGAAGCAAUCGAUAAGGGCAAGAGCAAGUCCUACAUUAGUUUUAUGGAUGGCCGACUUCCGCGCCGUAAGGGAGGCAGACCUGCUAUAGGAUCUCACGCCGCGCCAAAUAGGCAAACUAGCCAGAUUCCCUCUGACGAAAUGAAAGAGGAUCUCUUAACGGCCUUCAACGACUUUGCCGCCAAAAACUCGCAUCUAGUCAGGCUGGCUCCAUCACGCCUGGAAGGAGGACACUCAGAAGCCAUGUGGCUCAUUGAUGGCAUUCCAAAAUCCCCCGAGGCGGGCUUUACCAAAGGCGAACUAUCUCACAUCCACACAACAGGCGACCAUUCCCUUCAUUUAAUACUCUCCGAAGCUGACGCAAAGGAGGUUAUUGACGCUGGCUGGGGCCAGCGCCACCCGAUUGCUGGAUACACCAUUUUGGGGCACAACGUCGCUAAUCUGCCGUCGACGUUUCUCCAUGUCUAUGCCCCCAGAAACCAGGAAGAGCUCGAUGUUGUGAUGGAAAUCAUCCGGGCGAGCGUGCGCAAUGCGUCUUUGGGCGGCGACCCGAUUCCGUAG